CCUGGCCUGCCGCAGGGCUCUCCUCCUCCCCCACCGCCGUCAUGCUGCGCUUCCUGCUCGUGGCCCUGAUCCUGGCCUGCUGCAGCCCUGCCCGCGGGGGCAUCUCCUGCUACGACGACUCUGGGCAGCCCGUGGACUGGUUUAUUGUCUACAAACUGCCCAAAUCCCAUCACAGAUCCUCAGCUGAAGGGAUGCGCUACAUGUACCAAGACGGGCACACGCAGGGCUGGGUGGAAGGCCAGAGUCUCAUGAACAGCACCGAGGGGGCCGUGGGCCGGACUCUGCAACAGCUGUACAUGGAAGCCGCACGGAGGCAGGAGGCGGAAACGGCCCACGUCCUCUACAAUGACGAGCCGCCAGGAGAGCUGACUUCCAGCAAAGGACACACCAAAGGAGUGAUCUUUCUGGAUAGCGCCCAGGGAUUCUGGCUGCUCCACAGCACUCCGCACUUCCCGGACCUCCAGACGAACUACAGUUGGCCUAGAAGCGGCCUGCCCAACGGCCAGAGCUUCCUGUGCGUGACCUUCCCUUACAGUCAGUUCAAGGAGAUCGGGAGACAACUGCUGUUCACGGACCCUCUCGUGUACGACUAUCGGGUGGAAGGGAGCUUUGCCGAAGACUUGCCCGCCUUGCUGAAUGCUUCCAAGGGGUGUCACGUCCAGCAGGAGCCCUGGAACUCCAGCAUCACACUGACGUCGUUGGAGGGGAAGGAAUUUAUCAGCUUCGCCAAGUUUGGCCGCUUUGGGGAUGAUCUGUACUCCGGCUGGUUGACGGAGGCUCUUGCGAGCAACCUCUAUGCCGAGUUCUGGCUCAGGUCCCGAGGGAUCCUGCCCUCCAACUGUUCGGGGCCCUUCCAUGUCUACAACGUGGAGGCCGUGGCCUUCCAGGAACCGGGGCCUGCCUUCUCCACUAUGGUGGACCACUCCAAGUGGUGCGUGGCGACCGAGAGCGAUCCUGGCUGGGCCUGCGUUGGAGACAUGAACCGCAAUCGGGCCGAAGAGUGGCGGGGGGGAGGCACCCUGUGCCUCCGUGACCCGGCUGUCUGGAAGGCCUUCUACUCCUUGGUGCAGAAAUACGCAGACUGCAGAGGGGCAGGGGAGGCACCGCUGAGUGGGUAGCGGAGGCCAGGCUGGCCGCGCUCUCUGCUUUGCUGCCUCCCCACCCAGGCACUGAGGAAACGAAAACGCGGUGCUGCUUCUCUCUUCCACCCCGGGACAAACACUGCCUCCCCUGCCCUUU